AUUCUUUCACUAGUAUCAGCAAGCAUAAUUGGACCCCAUCUGACUCCACCGUUUUGCGUUAUUGGUUCCAAACACCCAGCUCGACAGGUUCUCCGCCAUUAAUCUUCAUAUGGUAGUAGGAUCAUCUCAAUGUGACUCUAUUGCAAAGGUAGCAGUGAUGGGAUGACGGCUCGCCUCGGCGCUGUAAAUGGCUCCCACACUAGCUGAACUCGAGGCCAGGCUUGCUGCGAAGGGCGCUGAACUGCAGAAGGCCCAGGCAGACCUUGCGAAGGCAGAGGCGAGGAGCGCCAAGCUCAAGACAUACUUGGAGGGCUUCCGCGCCCAGGCAGUCAGCACAACCGCACUUGCGGACAAGUACCGGGCGCUGCAGGAGGACCACGGCGCGGUACAGGCGGCGCUGACCGCGGCGCAGGCGGAGGCGGCGGGGCUCCGCGCUCAGCUUGCGCGGGAGGCCACGGAGGCGGAGAAGCGCCUGAACGCAGCUCUGCGUGCUGCUCGGCAAGGAGCAGUCAGCGCGGGAGGCGAAGGUGCAAGCAGAAAGUCACAGCCAGAGGCGGGAGCUGCGGAGCCGGAGGGAGGCCAGGCGCAGCAGCAGAGCCAGGCCGAGGUACUGCGGCUGCAACAGACUGUUGGGCAGCUGCGAGCGGAGCUCUCUGCGGCACGCGACCAGCUCGGCCAUCUGCUCGAGCAGCAAGAGCAGCAACAGGCGUUAGCGGACGCUGCACGGACAGCAGCAGCAGCGAACGGGACCGCUUCAACUGCCGCGGCAGGAGGACGCAAACGGGGCGGGCGCGGCAGGGGCAAGUCAGGGCCAAACGGCGCGGCGGGCUCCGUCGCUCGCGCGGGCGAGAGCAGUGACAGUGAGGGCAGCAGCUGGGACGGGAAUACAUUGGCCGAACCGGCACCCACUGCCGCAGCAACAGAAGCAGCAUCAGCGGGUGAGGCGGGUGUAGGUGACGGAAAACGCCACCGCCCUCCAAGGGCAGUGGGCAGUAGGCAACGGCGGGACCGAGACCAGGGCCCGAGCCACAAUCCGGACCCCGAACGGGAAGCUGUGCUGCAGGAGCUGCAGCGGCUGAGGCAGGAGGCGACGCAGUGGCGGCAGGAGCGGAAGGCGCUGACAGGCCGGGUGGAGGCGGCUGAGGCGGUGCGGCGGACUGCGCAGGCGGUGUUGGCGGAGCGCGAGCGGCAGCUGGAGGCAGCAGCGGCGCGGGAAGCGGCGCAGGCGGCGGACAUGGAGGAAGUCAAGGCCCAGAUGCAGGCGCUGCAGGCGCUGGUGUCGCAGCACGCCACCGCACUGCACCAGCACACGGCGGCGGCAGCGGCGGCAGACGCCGACCGGCGGAAACUGUCAGCGGCAGUGGCGAACUGCGGCGAGCGGCUGGCGGCGGUGGACGUGCAGUUGGAAAGGCGGCUGGCGCAGGUGGGCGAGCAGGCGGCGGCGGUGGCGGAGGCGACAGCGGGGGCAGCUGUGGCGGCGGUGGAGGCGCGCUUGGUGCUGCAGCUGGAUGAGAUCGCUGCGGGGGGCCGGGCACUGCGGGCGACUGUGGGCGGCAUGGCGGUGCAGCUGCGGGGCGUCAGUCGCACGCACCGCCUACUGCGGGCGGCCUUUGGGUCGGGGCCCGGUGGCGGCGGCGACCCCGAUGGCAUGGAGGAUGACGCUGACGCAGCGUUUGCUGACCUGGCAGGUUUUAGGGACGAAGAGGCAGGAGUGGGCACAACAGGCGCCGGCGCCGCAGGUGGGCGGCACCAGCAGCACCAGCAGCAGCAGGGCCAGCUGUGGCUGAUGGCUGCAACAGCCCCGGCUGCAACCGGUGCACCGCCUCGUCAGGCGCUGCCGCCGCCGCAAGCUCAGGGGCAGGGGCAGGGGCAGGAGCAUCGGGACAAGCGGCGCCGUCUGAACAUGGACCCGAACCAACACAUGGGGCUGUCAUACCCUGCCGCUGCCGCUGCCGGACCACGCACCGCACCAGUGGUAGCCCCACCACAGCCCCAGCCGCUGCCGCUGCCUGCCUCAAGAACCGCGCCGUUCACAGCUACCACCGCAGGUACAGCCGCUACUGCCACAGCAGCUUCCGGAGCGCUAGCACUGGUGCAGCCGCUGGCGCUGGUGCGGCGCAGCAGGGGCCGGCCGCGCAAGGAGCGGCCGCCCUCAGAGCUGCUGGCCACCCUGCUGGACGGCAGGGCCAGUGGGGCGGGCCAGCUGGCCAAGAUCGCCUCGGCGGCGGCGCGGCGCGCGGCGGAGGCAGUGCGCGGUGGCGUGCUGCACCCGGGCCCACUGGCGGCGGCGCUGUGCAGUGCGGUGCUGCGCUGCUGCAAGCCGCAGCUGGGGCUGCAAGGCGCUGGGGCGGCAGGAGGCGCCACGGCAGCGGAGCCUGGGGCCGCAGCGGCUGCCGCGUCUGUGGUGCCCGCGUCUGCAAAGCCAGGCGAGCGCGCAGCCGAGGCUGGGGGAAGUGGCAACGACAUCGGCAUCUCCGCAGCACAGGGGUCAACUGCUGCUGGUCGGCCCUCCGGCCACAGUGUGUCCGCGCUUCGUGAGCUGCUCGGCCCGCUGAUGGCAUCACGCGGUGCAGCUCGGGGUGGCGCUGCGGCUGGUGGUGUGAAGGCAGCAGGCGCCGGCCCUGGAGGAGGGGGCUCCAGUGUUGGCGCGACGCUGCAGGAUGCUGUUUGCGGGUUGUGGUGUCGCCCUCAGGAGCAGCAGCGGCAGGUGGUGCGGUGGCUGCUGCAGGUGGCUCGUGAGGCGGAUGUGCUCAUAGCGCAGGGCCAGCAGCAGGUGCAGCUCCAGCAGGAGGGGCGGGCAGGGCUCGGGCAUGGGCAGGCAGUGGGCCCACAGGACCACGAGGGCUCAGACGCCGAGGCAGGUGGCGGCGGAGGGGCCACGGACGCACCGGCCACACCCGCCAAGCGGGCCGCUGCACUGGUGGCUGCAGAGGAGGCUGUGGCGGCGGCGGGCAGCGGGCGGGCGCCUGCGGGCCGGCUGGUGGGCGGGCUGCUGGCGCGACAGCUCAGGCCGGUCGCAUGUGCCGCAUGGCUUCACCAGCACUUGCAACACCAGCCUGGCGAGGCUAGUGCGGCGGCGGAGGCGGGGCCUGCUGCGGCGGUGCACGGCGGCGGUACGGGAAGCGGUGGCAGUGUGGUAGAGCAGUGCGCCGCCGCGGCGGCACUGGGCCAGCUGCUGCGCCUGUAUCGGGACCGCCAGGGCUUCUUGUUGUCAGCCGCCGACCUGGUUCACGCCGCGGCUGACGCCCGUCGCCACCGGUACGACCAGCACUCUAAGCUGGGGCCGCAACAGCGCUCCCACCCGCACGACAGCACCAGCCACGGAGUUGCCGGCGGCGGCGCUGCUUGUUGUCGCCACGGCUCCAUUGUGCCGCUGUCUUGCCUCGUGGUCAGCUGGCCAGCAGCCAUGGCGGCCCCCAACAGCGCGAAAGCAGUCGCGCCUCAACAGCGUGGCCCUGGACACAACAGCCAUACGGGGCACAGCAGCGGCAGUGGGUUGUGGGACGCGGGAGGCGGUGCGGCUGAGGGGGCGCUGGUGGCGGCACCACUCAGUACGGCGCUGCAGGUGGCGGCGCAGCUGCUGGCGCUCGAGCGGCUGGCGGCGGCCGUGUCGGAGCUGCAGGUCGGGCCGGUGGGCCAGGAGGGCGGCGUGGGGCCGGGCUGGCUGCUGCCCCCGCUGCCCGCAGAGCUGGGUGCACAGACCGAGGCCGUGGCGGCGGCGGCGCUGCUCCGAGUGGUGUUGGAGCAGCACCAGCACGCCCAGGCACACACGUCUGCAGCAGCGGGCAGCGGCACCGGUAAUGCUGCGGCUGCGAAGCUGCCGGCAGGGGACAGUGCCAGGGCUAGUGAGGGCGGCGGCUGCGGCGGUGCAUCCACAGCUGCAGGCUCCAUGGCGCCCGCACGCAAUCCUUCCAUACCGCUACCCAUGUUACCCUCCUUACCGCGGCUGCUGCAAGCAGUGGGCGUGGUCAAGGCAGCGACCACUAAUGCGGGUGCCACUCCCGCAGAGCCUUCCAACUCAUCCCUGGACGAGGCUCUGACCGCGUCGCUGCAAGAAGCGCGCAGUGCCACGUCCGAGCUGGCGGGCCGCCUGGUCGGACUGCUGCUUGCUGCAGCGCCGACAUCGGAGCCCGGGGCUCAGACCGCAGCUACAGCGACCUGCGUGCUGGCUUCAGCAGCCGGAGGAGGGGCCGGACAACGUUCCGGCGCUGCGGCUGGCCCCUACGUCUCGGCACUGCAGCAGGCGCUGCUGGUGCUGUGUCACCUGCUACCGUACGAGCAGGUGUACGGCAGUGUGCUGGCGCCGCUGGCAGCAGCCCUCAUGGCGGCCAUUGCGCCGCUCGGCGGCAGCGCUGAGGGCGGCCUGGACGGGGGCGCCGGGGCGGCACAGCAAAAGCCGCAGUUGCAGCAAUUGCUUGAGACGUGCAGCCGCAGUCCAACGGCGGUUAGGGCGCUGGGUGAGGCAUUUGCGGACGUGGCAUGUCAGGCGCUGCUGAGCACUCAGACCAGCGCAAUAACGGCUUCUGCAGGACAGGGUGCAGCAGCGGCAACAGGGCGUGUGCUCCGGCAGGGUCUGUCGUCCGCCUGUGAGCAGCUGGCGGGCCGGGUGGCCGCCGUGCCAUGGCCGUCGCCACUGCCUCAGUCGCCGCCCGCAGCGGCCGCCGCAUUGGUGACGCCGGGCUUGGUAGCCUGCCUCGUGCGGGUGGCGGGGCUGUGCAUGUGCGAGCCAGACACCGACUUGCCCACGGUUGGCAGUGGAAAUGGAGUUGAGGGCCACUGGCACGCAGCUGUGAAUGCAAGCGUACUGCGGACACUCGGGCUGUUGAGGGGCUCGCUACACCGCGGCAGGUCGGUGCGCGGGCGGGCUCCAGGCAGCGGUGUCGGAGUGCCUGUGGCUGACGAGCUGUCGCUGGCCCCGUGGGUGGUGGAGCUACUUGAGCAGGGCAGGCCCGGCGAGGAAGCCGCAGGUGGCGGCGGCGGCAGUGGUGCUGAGCACCUGGUUCAGGUAGAGGCAGGGCACGGGGAGACCGGGGCUCGCCCCGCACUGCACAGCGCUGGUGCCAAAGCCGCGGCGGUUGGAGCGGGCGACUGGGACAUGGAGGGCGGCGAGGACCUGGGCGGGCCUGAGGCAGGGCACGGCGGCGGCGGUGAUAGUGAAAGUGAGGCUGAUGGCGCCGGCGGUGAGCCGCCAGGGCCGCUGCAAUUCGAGGCAGAGGUAGCAGGCAGCGACGAGGCGGACAACUGAGCUGCGGGUUUGCUGGCCGUUUGAGCGGCCUAGGCAACCUGAUGCAGCACCAGGAGGACUGGAUAUGGCCUGAUGGCAUCGUGAUAGCUUGACUGACCAAAUGAGGGUUAGCAGGACAUAUGCAGCUAAUAGAGACCGCCAUUUACCUAGAAAUGCCAGGCUUUGCCCCCUCUGCAACAAAGGAGUAGAGGAUGAAGGGCAUGUUUUACUUGAGAGUGAAGCAUACACGUGUGUCAGAUCAACGUACGGUAUCAGUUCUGAUUCAGUGAAGCAGGUUAUGCAAGGUGCUGACCAGGUUAAGUUGGCUUGCUGCGUACGUGAUAUUUGGUCUAAGCGCUGUCUUUGAUUAGGCACAACCACGACGGUGCACACGGUUUGCAAGACGCAAUUAACAAUCCAGUUCCAGGAGACGAGGGGCCCUUGCGGCUUGGUUAGUCUCGGUGCAGCUAUUAGGAUGCAAGCCUCAGUUUGUGCUCUGGCGCCAGAGACGCUCAAAGGUCCCA